GUGGCGUGUGUACGUGUCGCGUAGGCGUACAAUAUAAUGGAUGAGUAAAAAUUCGAUUGUCGCAAGAUGAUCACACUAUUUUUGUCGCACGAUCUCAAACGCUUAAGUGUAUUAUGAAUUAAUGGUGACAGUGGGGAAUUUCAACGAAUGUUCGAGUGUGUGAUAGUGUUCUAUCUAAAAGAUUUUUUUUAAUCGUGAUACAAGAAAAUCGACGCUGGUAGAAUACGAACAUCAACAUAUCAGCGCCACGGCUGACGCUUGGAAGUCUGCGAUUCUGUCAAAGGAUUACCUUCAAAUAUCGGAUAAUAUAAUGGAAGGAUGUGAAGACUAGAUCGAAAAAGAUGAAAACAUGAAGUUUUUAUAACUGAAAAUGUAUGCGAAAAGAAUAGUGGAAAUAACAUCUGAGACCGUUAAGAAGAAAAGGAUGGAUAACUUGACGAAUGACUUUCUGAUAAUAAAUCAAUAGGUGAUCUAGUUAGAAUGAUCGUUAAUGAGCAAUCGAUUGUACGGAGUGAGGUAGCUUGCGAUAAUGAAACUGAAGUAAAGAAGGAUAAGCAAGAAAGUUAAAGACUGCCCCUUAUGGAUCAAGUAAAUGUUACCCGGAACGAGACCAGCAACGCGACGGGCGUGGAAGAUCCGGAAUGGACGCAAGCGGUGAUGUUCAAGCUGCGGACAGCCGUGUUGCUGCUCAUCGUGAUAAUGGCUGUACUUGGAAACCUCCUCGUUAUCGUCAGUGUUAUGCGACACAGAAAACUUCGUGUCAUAACAAAUUACUUCGUGGUAUCAUUGGCGUUUGCUGAUAUUCUUGUCGCUAUGGUCGUAAUGCCUUUUAAUUUUAGCGUACAGUUUUACAAUGAAUGGAUCUUUGGUCCAGUUAUCUGUGACCUUUGGAACUCUUCAGAUGUUUAUUUUACAUCAACUUCGAUAUUGCAUCUGUGUUGCAUAUCAGUGGACAGAUAUUACGCUAUAGUAAAACCUCUCAAAUAUCCUAUUAAGAUGACGAAAAAGAUGGCGUUUGUCAUGUUAGCAGCGACAUGGCUCAGUCCUAUAACAAUAUCAUACGCCCCAAUUUUCAUGGGCUGGUACACCACCAGUGAAUACAUGAGAACCAGGGAGUUAAAUCAAUGUGAAUUCAAAGUGAACAAACCAUAUGCUGUCAUAUCCAGCUCAAUAUCUUUUUGGAUACCAUGCACUAUCAUGAUAUUUACCUAUCUCGCUAUAUUCAAAGAAGCGAAUCGCCAGGAGAAAGCUCUUCACGCAAGAGCAGGUAACGCGAUGCUCAUGCAUCGUCAUUCGAGAGAAGUUGGCGACAAAAACGGCGCAUUACAUAUCAACGCCACAACUCCCACCAAAGAUAGGAAUAUCCUGAAAAUGAAACGAGAACACAAAGCGGCUAGGACUUUGGGUAUAAUUAUGGGCGCUUUCAUCCUCUGCUGGUUACCGUUCUUCUUGUUCUAUUUGUCGACGUCAUUGUGUGAUUCGUGUACAUAUCCAGAGGUUGUGACUGUUAUCAUGUUUUGGACUGGUUAUUUCAAUUCAGCCCUAAAUCCGAUCAUUUAUGCGUAUUUCAACAGAGACUUUCGUAAUGCGUUCAAGAAUACUUUGGCGUGCGCGUUUUGUAGCUUCUGCCGGCGCGGUGCGUCUGAUUCAGACGCUUUGGAACGGUUGGAUAGACGAGGAUCCGCUCAGCUUCGAGUGCCUAUCCCAUCGAGGAGGGCAUCAGAUCUUGCAUCCCUUUGAAUAUCGCCGAACUAUGAUCAAGUGACAGCCGUUUGACAGGCCUAGUGUUUCAACGAAAUAUGAUGUAACAUAUUCCGAUUAUUGACUGAAUUUUGAACUAUAUAUCGAUUGUUGUAAAUAUCGAUUAAAUAAAUGUCUGUAAUAGAAUUAAUAGUGAAUUGACUAUCGUCUUGUAUUUAACAUGCAUGAAUCUCUAAGAUUAUAUUUAUUUAUGAAAUCUAAUUUCAAUUGUGUUGGUUUUUUCUAAUAUUUCUAAUGAUAGCUAGAACGUAAUAUAUAUUAAAUAUAAUGUGGUGUGUAAUUUUUUAAUGUAAAUAGUUUUGUAUAGAUCAUUUUCACAAUAGUAUUAAUUCCAAAGAUAGCUGAUUCGUAGGCCUAAAACAUAAUGUUUCAGAAACAGACGAAGAGGCCAAAUAUAAAUGUAAAUACUAAUUUUAGAGGCUUUAAUUUAUAAAAAAUGAAUUAUGUUAUGAUUAUUUAUUUUAGCAAUUAAUAUUUAUAAAUGUUAUUAUAUAAGAAACAAUUGAUAGCAAUAAGUAGAUGAAUACAAAUAUCACGAUACUAAGUCUAACUUACUUUCAAUCGUAGUGCUCUCAUAUCUUGAGUUAAAUUUCAAACAAAUUAACAGUAUCAUAAUAAUAAUUUCGAUUAAUAACAAAUAUUCAACGAUUUACUUAUAAAACCCCAUCAAUUUCAAUCCGAUAACUAUUCAAGUUUGUAUUUUCCAUUAAAAUGAUUUCAAUACAAACCACUGAAAAAUCUUUUGACGCUCGGAUAAAAGAUAAAUAAUCAUUUCAAUGAUUUUUUUAUAGCAGAUAGAGAUAAAAUAAUUGUAAAUAAAUCUUUAAAUGUAAAUGUAGUAGAUUUAAAAUUAAGCGAUGAUAAUAUAGAUAUAAAAAUAAUUUCAUUUAAACAUUUAUAGGGAGAUAUGAUAAUGAUUAUGGGGACAAAUAACGCUUCAAUAGAAAAUUCGAGUUAUAAAAUAAUAAUUGUUGUGCUAUUAACUGUAAUAGACCGACUAGACUUUGGUGUAUCAGUGUGGUGUUUAUCUUUUUAUGAUGUCUAUAGUCAUUUAAUACUAACCUUUAAUAAUUCGAUGGUUAAAAUAAUAUAGUAAAUUUUGAGCGAUGUGCGUCAAAUCGAUCUAUCAAAUGAUUAACUCUAGAUGAUCCUUGUCACGUGAUUAGAAAUUUAAAAAUCGAUUCCUAUAGAUUGUGUAUCUUUAUUGUUAUAUAUUAAAUGAUCUUACAUUACAACUUUUAAAUUAAGAACAGCAUGAUCGUUCAAAAUUUGCAAAUUCGUAUUUCGAAAUUUACUUCGGUGUACAUCUUUGAUUCCUCAUAUAAAAUAUCUAUCAGUCAAUGUCCAUAUAGUGUCUUCGCUUACAACUCCGCGACCUCAUUAAUGUAUAUGUAAUUUAAGAACUAUUCAAAACACCAAUUGCUUAUCCACGUUUCAAGAAAAAAUAACCUUAUCAAAGUUCUUAUGUCUUACAUAUAAUACUUAGUAAAAAGCGUUACGAUAAGCAUUUGGUGGUUUUAGUUCUUUAAUGAGAUGUCGCUCUAUAAAGUCAAUGUGUCUUCCUUUUAAAUAAGUAAUUAAGGCUCAAAGUUUAUUAGAUUCGAUUAAGAAUUAAAUCUUAAAAAAAUAAAUAAACACACGACUUUCUAAUAGCCAGUUCUUAUCUUAUGUACCCAGUAUGUAUUUGUAUUAUAAAUAUACAUUUUAUUAUAAAUAUAAUUGUAAUAAAAGUAAUAAUAUACGGUUGUGACUUCUUUAGAUAUUACAACAAACAAAUUCAUAUAUCAUUGUUGUUAUUGUGUUAUUCCUUAGACAAAGAAUUGUGUUCGGAUUUAUUUUUUAUCGAAAAUGUUGUUUCAAUCUGAAAUAUAUGUCAACCCAUUUAAAUUUUUAAACUUCGGUUAAACUCCGUCCAACGUGUUUUGUUUUAAUCAUUAAUUUCUUUAAUUUUAUAAGAUUCUUAACUACAUCAACUAAUGUUAGCGUAAAUUUAAUUCAUUAUUAGUAAACAAAUAAUAAUGUAUAUGUAUUUGUAGUACUUAUGUAAAACAUAGAAAGAUUUUAAAUUGAAACUAAUGUAGAUUUAGUUUCUUGAAAAAAAAACAGCAAUAUGUAACUUUAAAAAUAAUUAGAUCGGUGUAUAGCGUAGACGAUAACUUUGGAAUUUGAAUUUUAUAAUAUGAGUGGAUUUAUUGGUAAAUAACUAGAUUAACUAAAAACUAAUAUAUUGUUACAAGAGAGUUCGUUUGUGACGUCAUAUUCAUUGAAUAUCUUUGCCUAUUUUGCUUCACCCUUCAUUGUUGGCUGAUGUUGAUUAAAAUUAAGUGUUUCCUAUGUUUACGUUGGGCUGUGAUAUUUUAUAUUAUUCAUUACUAUCACCUUCACCGUUACCGAUACUUCGUUGAUUUCAUUGAUUUCAAAGUCAUUUGUUAUUUGUAAUAUCAACUUAGUCGAACAAAUCCGACUUUAAUAAUUUAAGUUAAUUAUUGUUCAAAGUUUUAUUUAUAUAGAUCGUAAUUGCCAUGUAUCCUUCGUAGAUUUUAAUCUUGAUACCAAAAUAUGAAAGUAAUGAAUUUCGAUGUAAAUAUUCUUUUAAUGAUAGUGAAUUAUAUGAGAUCAUUAUAGCGUAAUUAUCAUUGUCAUUAUAAUAGGGUUGCUUAAAUUAUUUUGAAAUAUAUGUGGUAUUAUUACGUA